AAAUAAAAACAAAUUAAAUUAAAAAUAAAAUUAAAUAAAAUGCCUCCCCGACCUCAACCUGGUAAAAACCUAUAAUAAAAAAAACAAUUAGCAAAUGCUGCUCGUUAACAAAGACCAAUAAUGCGUCGAAAUUCAAAUAAAAUUGAUAUGAAUGAUUAAGAUUUAAAUGAUGAAGAUUUAGAUUAACUAUAAGAUGGAAAUAAAAAUUAAUAUGAAGCCUCAAAAUUAACUGCAGAAGAACUAAAUAAACCAAUGCCUUCCAAAAUGUUAGUUCCUAAUAAUCCUAAUGCUCCUAAGAAUAUAGCAAUUUAUGAUUACCAUUAAAGGAAAUUUAAAAUAGAUGAAUUAGUAGAAUAAACCAUUGUACAUUUUAGUAUAGAUGGAGACUAUAUUUGGAAAGAAUCAAAUGAAUAUUAAGUAUAAGAGGCUAUUCAAGAUAUGAAAAAAUAAUUAAUAAAAGAGGCUAAAAGUAAAUAAGAAUAAGAAGAACCUGGUAUAGUUUAAGAUGAAGAAGCAAUUAAAUAAACACUUAGAAAUAAAUUUAAUUAUAAUACAAGAGAAUGCUAAACUAUUAACCCUAUUACAAGAGAAAGAGGAAUUUCAACAGAACCACCACCAUCAGAUUCUAUUUAUGGAAAUAUAACUUAAUGGGGAAUUUUUGAUGCUUAUAUGUAAUUUUUAUUAAAGGAAAAUUAAUAAGAAAAUACUAACAAAAAAAAAGAUAAUGAUAACGAAAAUUAAGAAUAAACAAUGUAUUCUUCAUCUUUUAAAAGAUGCUGUAAAAUAAUGGAAAGAAUGGUUGUUUAAAAUGAUUAAGCUGACAAAUAUUAUGAUUAUCGUUAUUACUGGAAUACAGGUGAUAAUUAAGAAGCUCCUGGUAAAAUAGAGGGUCAUUUAUUACCUAUAUGGAGAUUUAGUAAUGAGAAAUAAAGGAAAAAAAAUGUCACUAGUAUAUGUUGGAAUCCUAGAUAUCCUGAUUUAUUUGCUGUAAGUUUGGGUAGUUAUGAUUUUACUAAAUAAAGAAUGGGAUUAAUAUGUUUAUAUUCUUUAAAAAAUACUACACAUCCUGAAUAUGCUUAUAACUGCGAAGCAGGUGUCAUGUGUUUGGAUUUUCAUCCAAAAAGUGCGGCUUUAUUAGCAGUUGGGUUAUAUGAUGGUACUGUUUUAGUAUAUGAUAUUAGAAAUAAACACAAAAAACCCAUUUAUUAAUCCACUGUGAGGAACCAUAAGCACACUGAUCCAGUAUGGUAGGUAAAGUGGAAUCCUGAUAUUAGCAAAAACUACAAUUUCUAUUCCGUUUCAAGUGAUGGACGGGUCAUGAAUUGGAUUCUAAUGAAAAAUAAACUUGAACCUGAAGAAGUUAUCCUCUUGAGGCUCGUAGGUAAUAAAAAUGAUGAAGAAUCAACACUAAUAGGACUUGCUUGUGGUCUUUGUUUUGAUUUCAAUAAGUUUGAACCUCAUAUUUUCUUAGUAGGAACUGAAGAAGGAAAUAUUCAUAAAUGCUCAAGAGCAUAUUCAGGUUAAUAUUAGGAAACUUAUAAAGGACAUCUAUUAGCUGUUUAUAAAGUUAAAUGGAAUAAUUAUCAUCCAAGGACUUUCAUUUCUGCUUCGGCUGAUUGGACUGUAAGAAUAUGGGAUUCGAAAUAUACUGAAUAAAUUAUGUGUUUUGAUUUAACUAUGUAGGUUGUAGAUGCUGUAUGGGCUCCUUAUUCUUCUACAGUUUUUGCUUGUGCGACUAUGGAUAAAGUUUUAGUCUAUGAUUUAAAUGUUGAUAAGCAUAAAAAAAUUGGAGAAUAAAAAAUUGUUAAAUAACCUAAAUUAACAAAUUUAGCUUUCAAUUAUAGAGAUAAAAUUAUUUUAGUAGGUGAUUCUCACGGAGGUGUUACUUUAGUUAAAUUAUCACCUAAUUUAUGCAAAAGUGGACCAGAAACUAAAUAAGUUGAUGAUAAAGAAAAAGAUAAAAAACAAGGAUAAGGACCACCAGGAUAAGCUAGUUAGGCCCAUAAAGAAGAAUAAUAACUUACUUAGGAAUAAUUAGAGUAAUAUGAAAGUUACAGAAAAUAAAAAAUGUUCGAUAUAGAUAGUAUUGAUAAAUCGAAGUUUGUUUGUUAUUAAUUACCCGAUGAAUCUAUUUAUUUCGGAGAAAUAGCCCAUAUAAAUGACCAAGGAAUUAUAUUAGAUCCUUCCGAAGCAUCAAAAGGAAAACCAAUCAGACACGGAUUUGGAAUAUAAUUAUUCGGAACAAAACAAGAAAAUUUAUUAUGUAAAUAUGAAGGUUAUUGGGAUAAAGAUCGAUAACAUGGAUUAUGUAAAUGUUAUUAUCCCGAUAAAUCUUUUUAUGAAGGAAACAUGAAAUAUGGUGUAAAAGAAGGGUAAGGUACCUUUGUUUGGCCUAAUGGAGAUGAAUAUGGUGGCACUUGGAGAAAUAACAGAUUCGAAGGUGGUGGGACAUUUAAACAUCACGAAGUUUUAUUUUUUAAUUUAAAAAAUAAUUAAUGA